AUGGGAUAUGCCGUGUUUGCAACGUUGUUCGCACUACAUGCUGCGGCACUGUAUUUAUUUACGACAGGGUUCUUUCUCACUCGUUUUGAAGUGCCCGAUGUCAGCAAUUGCCACGUCUUACCAUUAAAUCAUGACCCUGUCAUACCACAUCUUCGUGGAACAUGCGGCGACAUGUUCAAAUCCGCUACAAAUGCUUCGACUCCGAAAGAUUGUUGGAUGCCUCGUCGCUUUCGUCGUAUUGUAUUUGUAGUGAUUGAUGCAUUACGUUUUGAUUUUGUCGUUUCGGGAUCAAGUUCUCACCAUUCGAGUUUCUAUAGUGAUCGACUAAGUGUUUUCAAGGAGACUUUCACUCGUGAACCACGUCAUGCUCUUUUGUUCAAGUUUGUGGCUGAUCCACCUACGAUGACUAUGCAACGUCUUAAAGGACUGACGACUGGAUCGUUACCAACGUUUCUAGAUAUUAAGGAUAAUAUGGCCACUAGCAGUCAGAUUGCUGAAGAUAAUUUAUUACGUCAGCUACGAGCACAACAACGUGGAGUCGUCUUUAUGGGAGAUGAUACGUGGAAUACGCUCUAUAAGAACGAGUUUACGAGAACAUUUGCGUUUGACUCGUUCAAUGUAAAAGAUCUUCACUCGGUCGAUCGUGGCGUCACGACACAUUUGUUUACAGAACUUUACAUGCCGGAUUGGGAUUUCCUCAUCGCGCAUUUUUUAGGAGUCGACCAUGUUGGACAUACACAUGGACCAAGUUCUGUCUUUAUGGCUGAAAAACUAGAUGAGAUGAAUGGAAUUUUGACAAGCUUGUUACAGGAAUUGAAGGAGAUGCCAGAUGGCGAUGAUGUGCUGCUAGCUGUUCUAGGAGAUCAUGGCAUGUCAGCUGAUGGAAAUCAUGGUGGGGCUAGUGACGAAGAGACAGGUGCUGCACUGUUUCUUUAUAGCAAAGCACCGCUUGUUGCUACGGCAGGCGACAGCGAGACAGCACAUGCAAAUGAGCUCCAAAGGUAUGCCAAGAAAUUACUAGACGGUUCGCGAGAAGUGCCACAAGUCGACCUUGUUCCCACGCUAGCAUUGCUGACUGGCUUACCAAUCCCGUUUGGUAACCUUGGUAGCGUGAUCCCGUCGCUGUUUUUCAUGCCCUCGUCUUCAUCCGACAAAAGCGACAACAGCGCGCUGUCUGCAUUCCAGACCCUGAAUCGCGCUUUGCGAUUAAAUCUUGACCAAGUGCGGCGUUAUCUCUUCAGGUACUCGUCUGUAUCCAAAUUGCCUAGGCGUGCGUAUGAUCAGCUAGAAAAACUCUUUGAAGAGACACGACGUCUUGAAAAUCAACUUGCACAAGUGCAUGGAAGCAAUAACGCCCCCACGUACUCAAAAGCAGAUCUUCCGUUGCUACUACGUCUUCACGAAGAUUUGUCAAAGCUGCAACAGAAGUACUUGCGCGAAGCCUUAUCGUUAGGGCGUUCCAUUUGGACGCAGUUUGAUCUAUGCAGCAUGAGCUGGGGAAUAAUGCUUCUUUUGUGGGCCUUCAUCAUUGGCGCUAUAUCUACGCGAGCUGCUUACGCUCAUUCAUUGAGCGAGUCGUGGAGUCCCCCACUAGGUGUUGUAGUCGGAAUGGGCAGUCUGCUCUUCGUUUGUCCCGCAAGUAUGAACUUUCCACUUCUCCCAGCAGCCCAACUUUCACGAGGACUGAUUGCUGCUUCUUGCACUGGCCUAGCAAGCAUGACCUCGCAUUGUGUGUUUCGACGAUCAUGCAAAGCGUCCAUAACCGGAGCAAACCUAAGAAAACUGCUGUCUUCGAUUGUAGCGGUGUGGGUGGUGUCUGCAGUAAUUGUAAUGCUUCAUGCGCUAGCACUUCUCUCCAACAGCUAUAUCGUAGCGGAAGACAAAGUUAUGCAAUACUUGUCAGCAACCACAGGAUUUUUCUUGCUCGCGUAUACCCAACGCUUCGAUACCAACCGGAACGUCGCUACGGGUUCUGCGCUAGCUUUCGUCUGUGCAACACGAUUGAGCAGCGCACUGGAGCCGCCCAAUAUUAUUAAAUCAUCGGUGACAAUGGGACGAACGUUUGCUCCAGUGAUUGGUAUAGCUGUUCUUGCUGUUGCAUCCUCCGUGCAGGUGACAAAAUACACCGGGCAGACGCUGUCCCUCACGAGUCGAAUGAUGCUCACAUCAUCAUUAAUGAGCUACUGCGCGUGCGCAAUCUAUUGGGCUACUUCACCUAUCCAUAUUACUAUCUGGAGACUGUGGCUGCCGCGGUUCGUUUUUUUAAUCUUCUUGGGAGCGCUCUUUUGCCUACUCACGCGCGUAGUACCGCAAACCAUGAGAAAUUCCAGCGAACGAACUGGGCAACCGACACAUGACCACUUGCUGUUGGUUUGGCAACUCGUCCCAGUAUUUAUGCUAGUGCUGGGGCCGACAUCCCCGCUUACAGUCUUAUGUCAGGUUGUGCAGUGUCUGAGCUUGUCAUUCAUUGUCUCUUGUCAUCAGAUCACUGCUUCAAAACCAUGUGGAGACAUAACACCGUGGAUACUGCUCUUGGCUUCUUGCUCAUACCAAGCGUUCUUCACAACGGGCCAUGCAAACACAUUUACGAGUUUACAAAACGCCGCUGGAUUUAUAGGCUUUGACGUCUUCAACUUUUACGUUGCAGGGGCUCUUCUCGGUCUCAACACGUUUGGAUGCUUUGCGCUGGCAAUAUUGACACUGCCUUGGUUAAGCUUGAAGCGACAUACGGAUGGAGCCACAGUAGUGCUUGCUUUUUCAGCCUACUUCUCUCUUAAUGCGCUGGUAUCAAUGGUGUUUGUCGCGCUUCAACGAAGGCAUUUAAUGGUGUGGGCUAUCUUUGCACCCAAAUUUAUCUUCGAUGGUGUGGUCUUGUUGGUUGCUGAGUUUCUGCUGAUUCUACUGUAUACUCCAUUUUCAGAGCAUACUCAAUCAAGCCACAGAGACUAA